AUGGGUGUUUUUACAAGAAAUUCAAAAUUCAACACAACAGAUCGAUUAUCAAAAAAGCAAAGAGAAAUGCUAACAGCUGAGUUCACCCUGGACAAUUUCUCUCAGGGGAGUUACAGUGAUAGCGACGAUGAAAGUACAGAAAACGGAAAUUGGAGGUCGAGAGGCCGACGCGAGUCAAGAGUAUCGUUGUAUGCGCGAAAAACGAUCAUGUCCCUCAUUGGCGUCAGUAAAGUUCAUCAAUCCAGAAUAGGCUCAGAUAAUAUGCGACAGCGGGAGCUGGAACGAAUUAUAGACUCGCCGUUUGUAAUCCAUCCUUAUUCAAACUUCCGCCUUAUAUUCGACGCGAUAACGAUGAUAAUACUCAUCCUUAAUCUGGUUUUCGUUCCGAUUAUUAUGGCGUAUCCCAAAUUUGACAGCCUCUAUCUGAUGAUUCGACCAGAUAAAAACUAUCCAUACAGAUCGUUCCUUAUCAUGUUCGUGUCAGAUAUUUGGUUCACACUCGAUAUUCUGGCAAACUUUCGAACUGGAUACAUUGAAGCUGACACCGCUGUUUUGAAUGAUGUCAAUAGUUCGUGGAUCAACAUCGAGAGCGUCAAGGGAGUCAGUAAAAUCGUCGCAUUUGUUUUCUUCCUUUGGAUGUGGAUUCACUUUUCAGGAUGUUUGCAAUUCCUUAUCCCGACGCUCAACCCAGCGUAUCCAUACUUUAUGAGUUGGUCUGUCGCAAGUGGUCUACACAAAGAUACAGUCCCUUGGAUGACUCAGUAUUUCAAGUCGACUUUUCGAUCGCUGAGCCACAUGUUUUGCAUCGGAUACGGAACUAUGGCGCCUCAGUGCAUUGAUGAUCUUUGGAUGAUGUUCUUCUCAAUUUUCAUCGGAGAUCUCUUGAAAGCCGUCUUUAUUGGCGUCGCAUCGUCAAUGAUGCAGAUGAUGGACGCUUCGAAACGACUUUACAUGGAAAAGCUCACCGCGGUUACUGAGUACAUGGAAUACAAAAAACUACCAUCUUACACCCGCCAAAGACUGCUUGACUACUACGAACAACGUUAUCAAGGAAAAAUGUUCGACGAAGAAAAAGUUCUGGCAACUCUAAACCCAAUUUUACGGAAAGCUCUCGUUCGCCAUAACAGAAAAGAUCUGGUCAAGAAAGUACCAUUCUUCGAAAAAUGCCCCGUCUAUUUCAUUGACGAAGUGAUGAAUCUUAUGCGGCUAGAAAUGUAUCUCAAGGAUGACAAGAUCAUUCGCCAGGGAACGACUGGAAACAAGAUGUUUUUCAUCCAAAGUGGGACGUGUUUGAUCAUUCUAGGGAACGAAAAGAAAAGGAAAAGAAAAUCUUUAGCACUAAGGGAUGGAGAUUUCUUCGGGGAAAUAUCUCUCCUCAUCCCCGACACAAAACGAACCGCCACAGUAAUAGCUCGAGACACAACGUACUGCUAUUCUCUGAAGCACAGGGAUUUCUCAAAGAUCCUCGAUACCUAUCCACCUGUCAAGGACUUGAUGGAGAGAGUAGCAGAAGAGCGACUUGCCCAAACAACCGCCGUCGAAAAUGAAACUGACAGCGAUGAUUCCGCGAUGGACGGCGAUGCAAAGAUUCAUCCCUACCCGAGUUGCACGGAUUCAACGUAUUCGGAUACUACUGUGUCAUUUUGCGCACCAACAUUCCAUGUCCAGCGUCCAGAUUCAGAUACGACUGUGGAUGGAGCCGAUAUCAGUAAUGUGCCAAUGUUCACUUUUCAUGUGGAUGCUCCUUCAGACGAAAGUUUGGCACAAGAAAGCGAUCCAUAA